AUGGCAUUCUCUCCUUUAAACACAAAAUCCCAGUAUCAUGUUCGGUCAAUCAGCUUGCCCUCUAGGCCACACCCUCUCAUUCCUGAAUUUGAUGAGCAUUUGUGCAGAUUAAAAGUUCCUGAAUCCACCUGUUCAUCAUCAUCAAUAAGCCACAAACUGAGCGGCCUUAAAGAUGUACAUGAUUGUGUAGAUGAUUUGCUUCUGUUGCCACUUACUCAACAGGCCUUAGCCCAAAACUGCCUUGAGAAAUGGGUUGAUGAGCUGUUAGAAGGAUCUCUCAAGCUGUUGGAUGUGUGUGGCACUGCCAAGGAUGCCUUGUUGCAGACCAGACAACAUGCAUAUGAACUUCAAUCAAGCAUUCGCAGAAGGCGGGGAGGUAAAAAUGGGAUCUCAACUGAGGUUGAGGAAUAUUUAACCUCUAGGAAGAAGGUAGUGAAGGCAAUUCACAAGGCCCUAAAGACUCUAAAGGGCAUGGAGAACAAGUGCAGCUUCUCACCCUUGAACAAAGACCCUGAAACCAUAUCCAUGGUUAGCAUGUUAAGAGAGGUGGAAACAGUCACUGUCACAGUGCUUGAAUCUCUGUUAUCCUCAAUAGCUGGGGCAACAGCACGAUCAAAACCAAGUGGCUGGUCUUUGGUCUCAACACUGAUGCACCAGAAGCGUGUCGCAUUUGAGGAUGCAGCAGUAGAUCUUAGUGAAUUUGAGAAGGUGGAUGCUGCAUUGUACCCCCUCAUUGGCCACAAGGGUAGAUCAGUUAAUCUAGUGCAUGUUGAUAGAGUGCGGAAUGAGUUAGAAAAAUUGGAAUCAAGCAUUCAAGAUCUUGAAGAAGGGAUAGAGUUCCUCCCCAGGCGCUUAAUCAAAACCAGGGUGUCUCUGCUGAACAUCCUCAGCCACUAG